GAUUCCUGCCUGCUUUUGAUCCCUCUCGUUCACAAGCCAUUUGUCGAAGUUCAAGUCGUGACUAGUAUGGUUCACACAUUGAAACAGGUCGAACACCGCUAAGAUGUAGUGCCGUACAAUGUCAGUCUCGAUCCUUCUGAUCGAGUCUGAACAAGGUCAUGCAAUCAUAGACGGGCCGCCGCGCAUGAUCUCAUGAUCGCCAUCCUUUGUCACAUCUACCGUUCAUGGCUGUGCGAGUUGUACGUAUAUAACUCGUUCAGAGGGCAGCGGCUCAGCACACCCCACUGUGCAUGAUGUCGACCCUCAAGCGUGUAUCAUCUCUGUUGUGCCUUGCUACUUUCGUCUUGGGCUCUGCGCCAGGCGGACCUUGGGAUUCCUUCAGCUUCGCUCCCGAAAGCAGGACAGUAUGGCCCCGAGCCAUAAGAGAAACUGAAGGCACCGUUAUAAACGCAAAAAAUCUUCUUACCAAAACGGCAGCAGCGACAAUUUCUGGAAAUCAGGCAUAUGUGGCUCUCGAUUUUGGCAUUGAAGUUGGGGGACUCAUCUCAAUGAAUAUAGACUCGGUGACAUCGUCUUCGGUACUAGCUCUUUCGUUCACCGAGUCACCAAUGUUCAUCAGACCCUUCGCGUCUGACGAUUCCGCCAUGUCGGCAUCUAACACGACUUACGAUGGAAUCCUUCCUAUUUAAUCUCCACUCACGACGGGUGUCUGGAACCAGCCUUCGCCUACCCUCCGAGGUGGUUUUCGAUUCUUGACUAUUGUUUCGACGGCAGCGGGUUCUGUGUCUAUUUCGAACGUAUCGUGUGCGAUCUCAUUUGCACCGCACGUUGAAAAUCUACGCGAUUAUACCGGUUAUUUCUAUGCCAAAGAUUCCGUCUUUCAUGACAAGGAUUUCUUGACAAAGAUUUGGUAUGCUGGAGCAUAUACGAUACAAACGAACACAAUUUCGCUCAAUUCGGGACGUCAAAUACCUGUUCAUCCAUCCCCAGAAUGAUGCGACUGUUGGAGUCGCCGGUCCUAUUAUCGUAGAUGGAGCCAAACGCGAUCGAGCUGUAUGGCCAGGUGACAUGGGGGUCGCGGUUCCAACCCAAUUCGUCUCUACAAACGAUCUGAUCCCCGCAAGGAAUGCUCUGUCAACGAUGUUUGCAGAAAUCGACCCUCGGACUGGUGCUUUACCCGAAUCAGGCCCGCCUUUGAGCCAGACAGGCAGUGAUACCUAUCACGCGUGGACACUCAUUGGCACAUAUAAUUACUACCUGUACUCCGGGGAUAUUGCGUGGAUACAAAAUGUCUGGGCAAAUUAUACCAAGGCGGUCGCCUUCCUGGAAAGAAAGGUCGAUUCGUCAGGCCUGAUGAACGUGACUGGCUUGAGGGAUUGGGCAAGGCAAGGAGGUGGUGGGCAUAACGCGGAAGGGAACGCUCUGCUGUAUCGGGUCCUGGUCACCGGCGCAGAGCUCGCAACGUCCGUGAAUAGUACAUCACUUGCGUCUGCUUGGGCUCGGAACGCUACUGCGCUUAAAUCAAAGUACAACGAAGUCUUCUGGUUGUCAAGCGAAGGGAUGUACCGAGACAACGAAACGACAACACUGUGCCCUCAAGAUGCCAACUCGAUGGCAGUGUUGUUCAAUCUGACGACCUCCGCUUCUCAAGCGUCUUCUAUCAGUUCUGGUUUGAUGAAGAACUGGAAUGAGUUGGGCGCUGUCGCCCCGGAAUUGCCAGACACCAUAUCACCCUUCAUUGGAUCUUUAGAACUGCAAGCUCAUUUUGCGUCAGGGAACGAUGAUCGAGCAAUGGACCUUCUAAGACGGGAAUGGGGUUACAUGCUCUAUACCAACCUGAGCGUUCAGUCCACUUUGCUCGAAGGGUUCACUGCGAAUGGUUCAUUAAAUUAUCGUUCAUACCGUGGCUACAAUUACGACCCUGCGUAUACAAGCCACGCUCAUGGAUGGAGUUCAGGGCCAACGUCUGCGCUGACGUUCUAUGUACUCGGUCUCACCGUAACGUCUACUCAAGGACAGACCUGGUCGUUCGACCCUCACACCUCCGGAUUAAAUGCAGCACAAGGCGGGUUCGAAACACCUCUUGGUUGGUUCGGAGCGAACUGGGUGCUGUCCGAUAAUGGAGGGAUGUUCAGCGCGAAGCUCGAUGUCCCAAGUGGUACCACUGGUCUAAUUCGUUCACCUGUCAACGGAACGACAUUAGUGGAUGGAAAGCGAGCAAAGAAAGAUCUGGAGGGAUUCGUUCACUUGCAAGGAGGGAAACAUAUCAUCCAAGUUGGAUAGCAUGUCCCAAGAAGCCCUUG